AUGGCUCGAGACUUUCUGCAGUCUCCAGGUGGCGCCACUUGGCGGGAUCUGCUGCGCCAGACCCAGCCCUGCGUGGACCAGGCUGGCUGCUUGUGCGGUCCGUGGGGCGACUGUUUGGUGGAGGCAACUGUUCAAGAAUACACGGAUGCGAACCGCGGGCAAGCCGGACAGGUCAUUGAUUUCCUGACCAGCUGCGGCCACAGAGGGCUCCAAAACGCGGCGGACAAGCUGGAGAGGCUGACGCAUCGCGCCAUGCGAGCCGGCGGCAUUCAUCUCCAGCCCGUGUCAGCAGAAGACCCCCAGGCCUGGGCCAGGAUGAGAUCUCAGGCCGUCGCGGCCGCUCCGGUGGGCCAUGUGAGGGCCGGCUCAAGCUCCAGCUCUCGCUCCAGUGGAUCUGGCUCUGGCUCAUCAGGCUGCAGGCUGGACGCCAGCUCCAAAGAGCUUUGUCGAUCUGCGCCGCCUCAUGCGAGGAUCGGUGAAGUGCUGGAGAGAUGCAUCGUGGAUUUGCCCCUUGAGGUGGUGGCCGAAUUCGCCAAGCAAGGCAGCGUGGUGGCCUCCUGUAAGUGUCUCAAGACCAGCUUUCACUCCACCUGGCUGGUGGAGGUCUCGCCACCAGUGACUCAGGAGGGGAAGUCCUAUGCCAAGGUCAUCGUGCAGAUCGUGGGAUCUCAGGUGGGCGACCAGCCGCUCAGCUUCCACAUCUCCGGCAACCAGAUCGUAAAGGCAAUGCGCCUAGCUCGACGGGCAGGAGUUCGCGUGCCUGACAUCCUCUUCACCGGCUGCUGUGAGACGACCAUCGGCGUGCUGGACUUUGUUGCCCAAGAGUUCAUCACAACCGAAACGGUGGAGGACAAGGUGAAUGCCCCGCGGGAAGACUGGAACCGCAUAGCUCAAGGAGUUGCUUCCAAGCUGAGCGAGCAUCCCAUUCCCCCGGAUGACGCCUCGCCGCUGCACUACUUCGACAGUUUGGAGCAGUUCAUGCAGAAGAUGGGCGAUGCGGUGCCCGGUGCCUGCGCCUUCAUUCGACAGGAGAUGGAUCGCUUUGUGCGAGGACAUUCAAGAAGUAGCCCAUCGCAGCCAACGCUGCUACAUCAAGACGUCAACAGCGGGAACCUCCUCGCCUCUCCGUCUGCCCAGGGCUGGCAGCUGGAUGCCAUCAUCGACUGGGAGUCGGCCGUCGCCGCGCCCGCCGAGCUGUCACGGCGGCCCCUGCAGGAGCAGUGGAAGGUGGCCAUGGACUUCGGAAACCUGGCCAAGGGCGCUUGGUUGGCUGCCCGGAUGAGCGAGGGGACGCUUCCGAGAUGCGACCUCGAGGCCUUGGUGGAAAACUACGCCGAAGCUGCUCAGAGCCUGGAAAGAAGGAACUUCGGGCCUUUCGGACCCUGGUCCGAUUUGGUCCAGAAGUGCAGAGCAAGUGGUGCCGGAUACCGGGCAUGA